AUGCCACGUCCAGGAAGGAAUACUUAUAACGACCAGAAGCCACCAUACUCGUAUAUAGCUUUAACAGCAAUGGCUAUUCAAGGCUCUCAAGAAAAGAUGCUGCCUUUGAGUGAAAUUUAUAAAUUUAUUAUGGAUAGAUUUCCAUUUUACAGACAAAACACACAAAGGUGGCAGAACUCGCUGCGGCAUAAUUUGUCCUUUAAUGACUGCUUUCUUAAAAUUCCAAGACGACCUGAUCGUCCCGGCAAAGGAAGUUACUGGGCACUGCAUCCAAUGUGUGGAGACAUGUUCGAAAAUGGAAGUUUCUUGAGGAGAAGGAAGCGAUUCAAGUUUCAAACCAGAGGAGGACAAAUCGAAGCAAUGAAAUCUGAAAUGGAAUCUCAGUAUAUGCACGACCAAGCACUGAUGAGAUAUAUUCAGUCUGGAGGAGGAGGCGGAGGAGUUAGCCCUAGACUACAUCCUUACGGACUUCUAACGGGACACGGGAACAACAAUACGUACAAACAACCAUUCACUAUAGAUAAUAUUAUAGCUCCAGAUAACAAGAGCAGUAGUAGUACACAAAUGACUCAACCCAUUAUACCAACGCCAUUGCCAGCGUUUGCUUCACAGUUUGCCGGACCUUUAUCUUGUUCUAAUUUACUCUCGCCGUACCCAUCCGGUGACCUGUUAUCUUCACUAGCGUCCUCUUACAACUUGUCAGCCGAGUAUCAAAACAUUAUAAGGUGCAAUCAACGAGCAGGAUCUGUGUGUUUACCGAUCAAACCGUCGCCAGUGUCUCUACUGAACUCUCACCCACAGAACAUGAUGGGAAUACCUAGUAUGAGAUAUUCUGAAGCCAAGCUAUGUAGGACUCUGGACUCUGAUAAAGACUCGUCUGUGAUCUCUAGCAUUAGUCCAACUGUAUCAAUAGACUCUCAUUGA